CAGCUUCCCGUUGUUGUGACCCGGGAAGUCCACGUCACUGUCAGAACCGGAGGGACCAGGACCGGACCGGCUCCGUCAGAACUCCGGUUUGACGGUUUAACUUCGUGACUGUUGACCCGAAAUGGCGGACGAGGCCACGCGCAGGGCCGUGUCGCAGAUCCCGCUGCUGAAGACGCACGCGGGGCCGCGGGACCGCGCGCUGUGGCCGCAGCGGCUGAAGGAGGAGUACCAGGCGCUGAUUCGGUUCGUGGAGCAGAACAAGGCGGCGGACAACGACUGGUUCCGCCUCGAGUCCAACGCGGACGGCACGCGCUGGACCGGCACCUGCUGGUUCGUGCACGAGCUGCUGCGCUACGAGUUCCGGCUGGAGUUCGACAUCCCGGUGACGUACCCGGACACGGCGCCCGAGGUGGCGGUACCGGAGCUGGACGGGAAGACCGCCAAGAUGUACCGGGGCGGCAGGAUCUGCCUCACCGAGCACUUCGCGCCGCUCUGGGCCCGGAACGCGCCGCGGUUCGGCCUGGCCCACCUCAUGGCUCUCGGACUCGGACCGUGGCUCGCCGUGGAGGUACCGGACCUGAUCGGUAAGGGGCUCGUGGUGCACAAGGAGCGGCCGCGCGAGGCAGCGGCGGAGUGACGUCACCGGACCGGACACCGGGACCGGAGGCUGGUGGACAGAACCAGAACUCUGUCAGAAUUACUGUCAACAUGAGACUGGUGGAGACUCAACAGACUAGUGCAGCAGGAACAUCUGACUGCGCAUGUGCAGUAAACUAGUUAAACCAACAGUGUGGGUCCACUGGAUGCAGAAUUAUAGUUCUGAACAUAGAAACAGUUUGAUGAACAGAGAUCUGUUAGAAAAACUCAGAUUAUGAACACCGCUAGAAUUAUUAAUGCUCUGUAAUAAACUACCCCAUUACUUUGUCAUAUUUAAUAAACUGUCAGAAAACCAGAACAUUCUGAUAUGAUAAAACCUGAACAGGUUGAGAAAGUAGUUCUGUGGAUCUCAGACUAAACUUUCAGUGACUUUAGUUCUCUCACAGUGAAAAGAUAAACGUCUCAGCCCUGAAAUAAACUAAAAAUGGUUCCAUGAGUUGUUCAGCAGCUCGUAUCUGAUCAUUUAUUUUAAUAAUUACAGUUUAUUUUGAUAAUUUUUGUGUUUGGGAGACAGAAAUGUUCUGUGGUCUGAGGACAAACUGUUGAAUAAUAAAGAGAACCUGUGACUCA